AUGGUGAAGAUUUUGAUGCGUGCCGACACCCAUGUGUCGUUCACGGUGCCCGCCGAGGAACCGGUCGCCAAGUGCACCCUAUCGCAGGUACUCGCUGCCCUUUCCGUGUCGCUCGGAUCCAUGGUGGUUGGAUUUUCGUCCGCUUACACCUCACCCGCCCUCGUAUCGAUGAAGGAUCGCAACAUUACAUCAUUCGAAGUGACGGAACAAUCGGGCUCCUGGGUCGGUGGUAUUAUGCCUCUUGCCGGUCUGGCCGGUGGCAUUCUCGGUGGACCGAUGAUUGAAUAUCUUGGGCGCAAGAACACCAUCCUGGCGACGGCAACACCCUUCAUCAUAUCCUGGCUCCUGAUCGGGUGUGCCACCCAUGUCGCAAUGGUACUGGUCGGUCGUGCCCUAUCCGGUUUGUGCGUCGGUAUUGCCUCGCUGUCCCUGCCGGUCUAUCUCGGUGAAACGGUACAGCCGGAGGUGCGUGGCACGCUCGGUUUGCUACCGACGGCAUUCGGCAACAUUGGCAUCCUGCUCUGCUUUGUCGCCGGCAAGUACCUCGACUGGUCCGGUUUAGCGUUUCUCGGUGCGACCCUGCCGGUCCCGUUCCUGAUACUGAUGUUCCUGAUCCCGGAGACGCCCCGUUGGUAUGUGUCGCGCAACCGGGAAGAGCGGGCCCGCAAAGCCCUGCAGUGGUUGCGCGGUCGGAAGGCGGACGUCGAGCCAGAGCUGAGGGGUAUCUCGAAGUCACACCAGGAAGCGGAACGGCACGCGUCCAGCAGCGCCAUGAUGGAUCUGUUGAAGAAGUCCAACCUGAAGCCGCUGCUGAUCUCGCUCGGGUUGAUGUUUUUCCAGCAGCUGUCCGGUAUUAAUGCGGUCAUCUUCUACACGGUGCAGAUCUUCCAGAGCGCCGGUUCGACGAUCGACGAGAAGCUGUGCACGAUCAUUGUCGGUGUGGUGAACUUCAUCGCAACGUUCAUCGCGACGGUACUGAUCGAUCGGCUCGGCCGUAAGAUACUGCUGUACAUCUCGGACGUGGCCAUGAUCAUCACGCUCAUGACGCUCGGCACGUUCUUCUACAUGAAGAACAAUGGGGAGGAUGUGUCCAACAUCGGCUGGUUACCGUUGGCUGCGUUCGUUGUCUUUGUGGUGGGUUUCUCGCUCGGGUUCGGCCCGAUUCCGUGGCUGAUGAUGGGUGAGAUCCUGCCGGGUAAGAUUCGCGGUUCGGCUGCUUCCGUCGCGACCGCCUUCAACUGGAGCUGCACGUUCGUGGUGACGAAAACGUUUGCCGACAUUACCGCUUCGAUCGGCAACCAUGGGGCGUUCUGGAUGUUCGGUUCAAUCUGUGUCAUCGGUCUGAUAUUCGUGAUCGUGUACGUGCCGGAGACCCAGGGUAAAUCCCUCGAGGAUAUCGAGCGCAAGAUGAUGGGUCGCGUGCGGCGUAUGAGCUCCGUCGCCAACAUUAAACCACUGUCGUUCAACAUGUAA